AUGUCAGGCCAGCCCAACCAGGCCUUUGUCAUGGCCGCGAAUGCUGGUGCAGCGACUGAAUCAGGUCUUGCUUACGCCUCCCAGCCGUCCCUGUCACAGAUCCAUGCGCGCGCCCGGCUGGGCGCCGCUUCGGCACAGAACGCCGCGAAGGGCGCAGAGUCCAAUGCGUCGAUGUCGGCCCCGGCAGCUUUGAUGGGUGGAUCCCUGCUCGGGCUUUGCGCCAGCUCCAAGCGCUCCAAGCGCAGCUCCAGGCGCACGGCUUUGCGUGUCGCAACGGCCGACGUCCAGACUCUGAACGCUCCAGAUGGGGAGGAUGAGAUGAUGGCAGGUGUUUCCGGCGGUGCCUUUGGUGGCUACACGCAGUCGAAUGUGUCUGCGCGCCGGGUUGUGCCUUCUGAGGCGCAGAGACAGGGUCGGAAGUACGUCAAAGUAGUUUACGUGGUUCUGGAGUCCCAGUAUCAGUCGGCAAUGACUACUGCCAUCCGUCAGAUCAACAAGUCUCCGGGCCCUGUUUGCAUGGAGUGCGUGGGCUACUUGCUGGAGGAGAUUCGAGACCCUACCAGCGAAGAGGAGCUGGCAAAGGACUUAGAUGACGCCAACAUUUUCAUUUGUUCAUUGAUUUUUGUGCAAGAGCUGGCCGAGAAGCUCGUGAAGAUCGUCGAGCCUCGCCGCGAGAAUCUGGACGCCUGCCUUUGCUUCCCCUCGAUGCCUGAGGUGAUGAAGCAGAACAAGCUUGGCACCUUCGAUUUGACACAGAUUGCCGGUGGCCCUCUCGGCAACUUCGCGCAGCAGGUGAAGGACUUGAGGCAGAAGUCUUUGGCCAAGAACAAGCCGGCCUCCGGUGGGAACUUCCAGGACAGCUUGUUGAAGCUGGUCCGAACACUGCCGAAGGUCCUGAAGUUCUUGCCGGGAGAUCAGGCAAAAGAUGCCAGGACCUUCGUCCUGUCUCUUCAGCACUGGCUUGGUGGUACUCCGGAGAAUCUGGAGGCCAUGCUCCUGCGAGUGGCAGGUGGCUACGUCUCAGGCGUGGAGGACAUCGACACCGAAGCGCUGAUGGAUCCCGUGGUCCUGCCCGACAUGGGAAUCUGGCAUCCGCUUGCCCCGCAGAUCUUCGAUAGCAUGAGUGAGUACAAGGAGUGGUAUGACAACGUUCACUGCCCUGCUGCCGGCAUUCUCCCAAACGCGCCAACCAUCGGACUUGUCUUGCAGAAGUCGCACAUUGCUACCAAGGAUGACGGCCACUAUGUGGGCGUUGUGCAGGAACUGGAGCGCCGCGGUGCCAGGGUCGCCUGCACCUACACCGGUGGCCUGGACUUCUCCGUGCCGGUGCAGGAGUAUUUGGCCGGACCCACCGGUGAGGGCAUGGUGGAUGCCCUGGUGAACCUGACUGGUUUCUCCUUGGUGGGUGGGCCCGCAUCCCAAGAUGCCAAGAAGGCGAAGGAGGUCCUCAUGAAGCUCAACCGACCCUACUUGGUCAGCGUUCCGCUGGUGUUCCAGUCUUUCACGGAAUGGCAGAACAGCCAGCUUGGCCUUCACCCGGUGCAGGUUGCUCUUCAGGUCUCCCUGCCCGAGAUUGAUGGUGCCAUCGAGCCGCUGAUCUUCUCUGGGCGCGACGGCACCAGCGGCCGCUCCAUUCCAAUGCAGGACCGCAUCGGUGCGGUGGCGACCCGAGCAAUGAAUUGGGCAAACCUGCGCAAGAAGACCAAUGCGGAGAAGAAGUUGAGCAUUUGUGUCUUCCAGUUCCCCCCGGACAAGGGCAACGUUGGCACUGCUGCGUACCUGGAUGUCUUCGGCAGCAUCUACGCAGUGAUGGGAGAGUUGAAGAAGCAGGGCUACACCAUUGAGGACAUGCCGGAAAACGCAGAGGGUCUGCAGAAGUCCAUUCUGGAGGACCCAGAGGCAGCAAUGUCCAUGUCGGACUUGAAUGUCGCCUACCGCAUGAGCGUGGACGAAUACGAGGAGCUCUGCCCCUUCGCCCAUGACCUGCGCGAGAACUGGGGCCCUCCGCCUGGAGAGCUGAACACCGACGGUCGCGACAUGCUGAUUUACGGCAAGCAUUUCGGAAAUAUCUUCCUCGGUGUGCAGCCUACCUUCGGCUACGAGGGUGACCCCAUGAGGUUGCUCUUCGCCAAGUCCGCGUCUCCUCAUCAUGGUUUCGCUGCCUUCUACACGUACUUGGAGUUCAUCUUCAAGGCAGAUGCCCUGCUCCACUUCGGAACCCACGGAUCUCUGGAGUUCAUGCCCGGCAAGCAGGUCGGCAUGUCAGGAAGCUGUUAUCCUGACCGCCUGAUCUCCGUGUUGCCCAACCUGUACUACUACGCAGCGAACAACCCGUCGGAAGCCACCAUUGCCAAGCGACGAUCCUAUGCGUCCACCAUCUCCUACUUGACCCCUCCGGCGGAGAAUGCCGGCCUCUACAAGGGCCUCAAAGAGCUGAGCGAGCUGGUGAAGUCCUACCAGGGACUCAGGGAGAACGAGCAGCGAGGUGCCUCGAUUGUCAACAGCAUCGUGGCCACUGCACGUCAGUGCAACUUGGACAAGGACAUUGACGAGCUUCCCUCCGAAGAGGAGGACAUGGCCAAGGUAUCCAUUGACGAGCGCGACGCCGUGGUUGGCAAGGUCUACCGGCUGCUCAUGGAGAUCGAGUCCCGAGCGCUGCCGAUGGGUUUGCACCAGGUCGGCGUGCCGCCCACUGCAGAAGAGAGCAUUGCCACGCUUGUUAACAUUGCGCAGCUGGACCGCCCUGAGAUGAGCAUCAAGAGCUUGCCCCGUCUCCUUGCAGAGUGCAGAGGCAAAGACAUCGAGGCGGUCUACAAGGGCAACAACGAGGGAGUCCUCGAGGAUGUGGCCCUUGUCCAGGAGAUCACCCUGGCGAGCCGCGCGGCCGUCGGGGCGCUGGUGAAGCAGUCCACGAACGCGGAGGGACGCGUCGAGGAGGUGAACCCCUUCUUGCAGGACGUUUUCAACUUCUUUUCUGGCGGCUCUCCGUACAAGCAGGCCCUUGAGGAGUGUGGCUUCGAUGGCGUCAGCGAUGACUACCUGAAGCCCCUCUUCGAGUACUUGCAGGCUUGCCUCGGCGAAGUCGUGCGCAACAACGAGGUCGGAAGCUUGAUUAGUGCCCUCGACGGCAAGUUCAUCGAGCCAGGCCCUGGCGGUGACCCCAUCCGCAAUCCGGAUGUGCUCCCGACGGGCAAGAACAUGCACGCCCUGGAUCCGAACUCCAUCCCAACGAAGGCAGCCACUGACGUGGCCAUGGUCGUGGUGGACCGCCUUUUGGAGUCGCUGACUGAGCAGCAGGGCGAGAUGCCAGAGUCGAUUGCCUUCACCCUUUGGGGCACCGACAAUAUCAAGACUUACGGCGAGUCCUUGGCGCAGGUGCUUGCGCUGGUCGGUGCGCGACCAGUUCCGGACUCCCUGGGGCGCGUGAACAAGGUCGAGCUGAUCCCUCUCGAAGAGCUGGGACGGCCGCGAGUCGAUGUGGUGUGCAAUUGCUCGGGUGUCUUCCGUGAUCUCUUCAUCAAUCAGAUGAACCUGCUCGACCGUGCCAUCAAGGCGGCAGCGGAGGCGGACGAGCCCCCAGAGCAGAACUUUGUCCGCAAGCAUGCGAUGGAGCAGGCGGAGGAGCUCAACAUCUCUCUCAGACAGGCCGCGACGCGCGUUUUCUCCAAUGCGGCGGGAUCAUAUUCCGCAAACGUUGGCAUUGCCGUGGAGAACGGUGCCAGCGUUGACGAGGAGCAACUGCAGGAGCAGUUCGUCACGCGCAAGGGAUUUGCUCUCAGCUCGGAUGCACCCGGCGAGCUCAUUGAGUCCUCUGGCCUAUUCAAGUCCGCUCUCAGCAAGGUCGACGUGACCUUCCAGAACCUGGACUCCAGCGAGAUCUCGCUGACGGACGUGUCCCACUACUUCGACAACGAUCCCACUAAGGUCGUCUCCAACCUCCGCAAGGAUGGGAAAAAGCCGGCGGCCCUGAUCGCUGACACGACCACGGCCAAUGCCCAGGUCCGAUCCCUCUCCGCCCAGGUCAGGCUGGACAGCAGGACGAAGCUUCUGAACCCAAAGUUCUACGAGGCGAACCUGAAGGGAGGUUAUGAGGGCGUCCGGGAGAUCUCCAAGCGAAUGAGAUUUACCUUCGGUUGGAGCACAACAGCGGAUGCCGUCGACAACUUCGUGUACGAAGACUGCAACACGACCUACAUCCAGGAUGAAGAGAUUAAGAACAA